CUCAGUUGAUUCCUCGUAUCCUAAUACUAUGACCCUCCCAACUCGUCCCCUGGGCAAGGAUGGCCCGCAAGUCCCCCGCCUCGGCUUCGGCACUAUGGGGCUAAGCGCCUUCUAUGGCCCUACCAAACCAGACGAAGAACGCUUGGCUGUCCUAGACAGAGCAUACGAACUUGGGGAGACGUUCUGGGAUACUGCCAUGCUCUACGGCGACAGCGAAGAACUCAUCGGCCGCUGGUUCGCAGCAAACCCCGGCAAACGCGCCGACAUCUUCCUUGCAACAAAAUUCUAUUUCCGCUGGGUAAACGGCGAGCGCGUGACAGACACCAGCUACGAGAAUUGCAAGCGCUGCUGCAACGAAAGCUUGCGACGACUAGGCAUAGACACCAUCGAUCUCUUCUACGCGCACCGCCUAGACCCGAAGACGCCGAUUGAAGAGACCAUGAAAGCGCUCGCCGAGCUGAAAGAGGAGGGCAAGAUCCGCUAUAUCGGGCUCAGCGAAUGCAGUUCCGAUUCUCUCCGCCGCGCUUGCAAAGUCCAUCACGUUGCAGCUGUGCAGGUAGAGUACAGCCCCUUCUCGUUGGAAAUUGAGUCCGAGCAGAUUGGCCUCUUGAAAACGGCAAGGGAGCUGGGUGUUGCAGUCGUUGCGUAUUCGCCCCUUAGCCGGGGGAUACUUUCCGGCCAGAUCCGGUCACGCGACGACUUCGGGCCCGGCGAUCUGCGUGCCAUGCUGCCGCGAUACAGUCCAGAGAACUUCGGGAAAAAUCUCGAGGCGGUCGAUAAGCUGGCCACCCUGGCCAAAGAAAAAGGGUGUACGGUCAGUCAGUUGACCCUCGCGUGGCUGCUAUCGCAGGGAGAUGAUAUCUUUCCGAUUCCGGGAACGACGAGGAUUAGUGCACUGGAGGAGAAUGUAGAGUCUCUGAAGGUGCAAUUUACGGAAGAGGAAGAGAGAAGGUUUCGGAGCAUUAUCAGCGAAGCUGAGGUUGCUGGGGGCCGAUAUCCAGAUGCCUAUGCAGGGACGCUGUAUGUUGAUACUGUGCUGCCGGAGUGA